AUGUCACUGCCUCCCCGAACCAGAUCCUCCCCACAAAGAAGCGCACUUCAUCCCUACCCUCUCUCCACCUCCAUCCCUGCAAAGCCAGGAACCAACCACAGCCCUCAGAGGCCGCUUCCGGCAGAGCUCUCUAUCAUUCCCAUCACCGCCUCAACUCUCCCUGCCUACCGCAGACUCAUAACCCUCUUACUCCCGAUACGCUACGCGGACAAGUUCUACAAAGAUUCCAUUGUCAAUCCUACGCCCUCCUCCCUCGCCCUCUGCGCUUUAUGGAACGAAACAUCGCGACCUGGUAAGCGGAAAAGGGACUCCCUCAAUGAUGAGCAGCCCUCAUCCGUACCUGCGGCUGGUGGGUCGGAAGCCAAGGUUAUAGGAGGCAUCCAAUGCCGCCUAGAACCCCUCCCUUGUCCGCCACCUAUCACCCCACCUACCACCUCAACCGCCCAACCACCACCACCCCAGCAGCAAUCGCACAACCUCUACAUUCAGACUCUCGCCAUCCUCUCUCCCUACCGUUCCCUUGGUCUCGCCACCGCCCUUCUCGACGCCAUCAUAUCUACAGCUCUCACCCACUACCCACGGCAGAAUAUAAACGUCAAAGAGAUCUACGCACAUGUCUGGGAAGCAAAUGAGGAGGCGCUAGAGUGGUAUGUCAAGAGGGGGUUUGAGGUGGGAGAGGAGGUUGUGAAGGAGUACUAUCGGAAAUUGAAGCCCAGUGGGGCGAGGGUUGUGAGGAGGAGGGUUGGGGUGGGGGACUGGGUUGGUGUUGCGGGGGGGUGGGAGGGAGUUGUAAUUGGCAGAGGAGGAGGUAAGGAGGAAGACGAGGAUAGAGUGGUAAUGGGAAAGGAGGGGUUUGGACAUGGGUGA